CUAUGUCGAAUUAUCGCACCCAGAUAACUCCAUACCAGUGAACCGGUUUGUAACUCCGCUUCAUAUCGUACCUGAAUGGUACUUUUUAGCAUAUUAUGCGGUGUUAAAAGUAAUCCCAUCCAAAACCGGUGGUUUGUUAGUAUUUAUGUUAUCAACAU